CUUCCUCCUCUUUCACUUUCCUUUCCGCGGAAAGCGGGUCCUGCCUCUCGAGCAUGGACGACCUGAACUGCGAUUCCACCUGGGAGGACGAGAGCGAGGAGGAUGGCGAGGACGGCCAGGCGGAUGAUACGGGCGAUGCGGACACGGGCGACGAGGACGACAACGCGGAGGAGACACGGCCAGGCGUGUUCCAGCCCAAGAUGACAAGGUACCGAAACUGGCGAGCUGUGCUGGACAUGCAAAGGUACCGACGCCACUAUCCAGAUUUGGCAGAUCAAGACUGUAAUGGCGACAUGUCCAACCUGAGUUUCUACAAGAAUGAGAUCUGCUUCCAGCCAAAUGGUUCUUUCAUUGAGGAAAUUCUUCAGAACUGGAAAGACAACUAUGAGCUCCUUGAAGAGAAUCACUCCUAUAUCCAGUGGCUGUUUCCUCUGAGGGAACCGGGAGUAAACUGGCACGCCAAGCCCCUCACACUCAAGGAGAUUGACGCAUUCAAAAGUUCCAUGGAGGUCAAAGAGCGUCUUGUCCAGGCCUAUGAGCUCAUGCUAGGCUUUUAUGGGAUCCAACUUAAGGACCGGGACACUGGUGCAGUCUGCCGUGCACAGAACUUUGAGUCACGCUUUCGCAACCUGAACAGACACAGCCACAACAACCUGCGUAUUACGCGCAUUCUCAAGUCACUGGGUGAGCUGGGCCUAGAGUGCUACCAGGCACCGCUGGUCCGCUUCUUCCUGGAGGAGACACUAGUGGAGAACAAAUUACCCAGUGUGCGCCAGAGUGCCCUGGACUACUUCUUGUUUGCUGUGCGCUGCCCGCACCAGCGCCGCGAGCUGGUGCACUUUGCUUGGAAGCACUUCAAGCCACGCUGCCAGUUUGUCUGGGGGCCCCAUGACAAGCUGCGGAGAUUCAGGCCCCGGCCACUCUCGGCACUAGGGCAGGCAGAUAAGGAUGAGGGCUCCAGAAACCCCUUCCAAGAGGCUGGCACACGGGGUCGGACCUAUGGAUCUGGAAAGAACCUGGGUGGGGACAGGGGAACAACUGAGGAUCCCUGGCUGCUGAGCACAAAGUCCCAAGAUGAUGUGGAAACCUUGGAUGGGGACCAGAGGGGUGAGGCUGAGUCACUGAGCCCCAAAGAGAGCAAGAAGAGAAAGUUGGAGGGAAACAGGCAGGAGCAGAUCCCAUGGGAGGCAGAUCCUCAAGUAGAGAAAAUUGUCCACAACCUUGAGGGGUGUGCCCUGAGCCCUAGCAGCCAGGAACCUAGGGAGGCUGAACAACCCUGUCCUGUUACCCACGGGGCCGAGGUGACUGAUGAGGUAAGAAAACGUAGGAAGGUGGAGGAGGGAAACAGGCAGGAGCAGAUCCCAUGGGAGGCAGAUCCUCAGGUAGAGAAAAUUGUCCACAACCUGGAGGGGUGUGCCCUGAGCCCUAGCAGCCAGGAACCUAGGGAGGCUGAACAACCCUGUCCUGUUACCCAUGGGGCCGAGGUGACUGAUGAGGUAAGAAAACGUAGGAAGGUGGAGGAAGGGACUGAGGGUGAUGGAGUAGCCAGUAACCAUAGCACUGAUACGUUAUGCCCUGCCCUGCCUCCUACACCUUCAGAGUGUCCUGAGGCCCAAAAAGAUGAGAAUGGGCCAGAGGACCCAGAAAGCCAGGUGGGGUCAGAGGACCCAGAAAGCCAGGUGGGGACAGAGGACCCAGAAAGCCAGGUGGGGGCAGAGGACCCAGAAAGCCAGGUGGGGGCAGAGGACCCAGAAAGCCAGGUGGGGGCAGAGGACCCAGAAAGCCAGGUGGGGGCAGAGGACCCAGAAAGCCAGGUGGGGACAGAGGACCCAGAAAGCCAGGUGGGGACAGAGGACCCAGAAAGCCAGGUGGGAGUAGAGCAAGGUACCUUUGGGAACUUGGUGGAACACCCUGACACCACAGAAGUCUCAGUGGGUGAGUCAGAGAAGUUGGCAGGGAUGGGGACCUCUGCUGAACCCCCAAAGCCUUAGAGGUGCAUCUCAGUCCUACUCCACCCGCUGCAGGGGUUGUCUUGAGUCCCAGAGCCCUGUUGUUGGCUCUUCUUGGUGCCCCACAGUGCUGGCCUCUCCCUGGUGGCCACUGAAGCAACCACCAGGGGGACUGAGGCCCUGCCCUCAGGGAAGGCCAUGGCCUUCAGAACCCUCCUUACCUCACUGUGUCCUCCCCCACUGCCCUCUGAGCCCCGUGUUUGUGAACAGAUCCUAAGGGUCUCGGGGGAGGGGCCUCUUUUCUUAAUCUGGUGCCAAGUGAGGCCUUUUCUGAAUAAACUCUUUAG